AGACGGUCACUGCCUGCCCAUUCGCAACUCAAUUCACAACAUCAUACACAGCAUACCAAUCCACAACGCCACUCACAAGGCGCAUACAUGGAAGAAGCAAAUACAAAAUCACUUCUUUAUCUUCUCGAUAAAGAACGUGCAAAACGUGCAGACUUACAAAAGAUUUACGAGUCAACAUCACAAACACUAUGUGACUUGCAAAAAACACAUCAAGAUGAUAUCACAACACUUGAGAGCGACAUACAAGUACUUCAAAAUGCAUUAGUUAAAGAGGCAAAAGUUAGUUCGCAAUUAAAGCAACUAUUACGAGAUGCUCAUGCUAAAUUCACCGAGGAGAUGCAAGUAUGGGCUAAUAAAGUAGCAGAGAUGGAGGAACAAGGGAGGGAACUACAAAAGACUUUUACAGAAACAAUGAACAGAUUGGAACAAGAAGAAGAUGAAUUAAUUAGACUACGGGAGGAGAACCAAUCAUUGAAAAGUCAACUAGCUGGUCGACCGAUAGAGUCAAAUAAUUUCAUAAGGCCUAGCCUGGAGGAUGUUUAUAAAGUAGGAUCAUUAGAGGAGGGAGACGAUGCAUCAACGACAACAGAAACAAAGACAGCUGUUGAUAUGGGAGAAAACUCUGAUGGCGAGUCAAUGGCCUCUUACUCAAAAAUAACCGAACUCACUGAUUGCAUCUCCAAACUCGAAUCUGAGCUUUCGUCUACCAAAGAGAAAUUGCACAAAUCAGAAUCCAUCAUCAAUGAUCUACAAGCUGAAAAGCAGGCAACUGUCAAACAAAUCGAAGAAAAACAUGAAAAACAA